UUUUUUUUUUAAGUGAAAAGUUGAGUUGCGGCAGUUUCGCGCGGAGCGGAGCCGCAGUCCGCAGGGAACGCGCCACCCCAUCCCACCCCACCCCUCCGGCAGCGGCCCGCGGUGCGCUCGGGGGGCGGCCGGGAUGGGGGGAGCGGUUGGGCACCGAAGGCAGCGGUGCCGUAGGGCUCCUUCCUCAGCGCGCCCCGCACGGAAGGGUAGCGAGCAGAGGAGAGGAAGCGGUGCUGCGGGGUUGGGGCCGCGCUCCUGUGUCGCUGUGCUGUGGGAGUUGGUCUAACUCCGAUCCUCGACACGUCGGCGGUGGCUGGGAGCUGGCUGCCGGCUUCUGCCGCUGCGUGAUUUCCCCGCGCUACGGCAUCGCGCGGCGCAGACUGCAGAGCCACCCGGGGCUGGAGCGGCGCUGCGUUCCGUAGGCAUUUAAUUACAUUAAACAAACAUUCCUUUAAUUAAAGGUGUUUGUUUAACAUUCCUCGCUGCAGCUCUUGGAAAAACCCGCGCAGCCCUCGCGAGCGGGGCUGCUCUCUUUCACCGAAUUAGAAACCAAAGCUCUCCCAAGGCAGGCUAGGGCCAUGUGGGCACGGAGCACGGGCAGGGCCCUCUGUGGCCGCGCAGUGAGCUGCGGCCGUGGCACAUGUGGGGCCGGAGCAGCACGUCGCCUUGGUUGCGUGCUGCUGGCAACUUGUUGGUGUUUGUACGGAUGCAGCAGGGGUUGGGGAGCGGAGCUGUGGGUUGGUGCUGCAUGGGGAGCUUGGCGGAGCGCUGGAAAGCCCCGCUUCCCAGGAGCAGGGAGGUUUGGGCUGUGUGGGGUAGGACCGUGAGCUGAGCAGAUGCUUCAGCUCUGCUGGCACACAUCUUCAGUUUUGUCACGGGCAGGGGAAUUGGCAGUAAUUACGAUGAGAGCACGCAUGGCGUAUGCAUAGCAUAUCGUGUUCUCCAGAGCUUACUCUGGGCUUUCAGGUGCUUUCUUACUUGAGUGCGUGAGGGUAAGUGCUUUAUUCGCGGAUUUCCAUCACUAGUGGAAAGGACUGAAAGUCCGGGAUCCUUUGUAGGUACUUACCUGCUGCGUGGGAAAACAAGCUGCUCUGAUCUGAGAUGGUGAAAGUUCCCUGGUAGCAGCCCUAGUGCCCAUUCCUGCAGAGGCUGCAGCUGGCCCUCUGCACUUCUCCCAGGCCUCCGCUACAGAACCCGCUGUGUGUUUGUCAAGAAGCUUUGACCAGUGGUUGCCCCACGGUUGUGAACACACCACAGUGAACACCACACACCAAGUUCUGCUGCAGACACAGCUGACACGAUUUGCAUGAAGACCAUUUAUAGCUUCAAAUUGGUCUGGUAAUUCUUUGUGCACCUUGGGCCAUCGCAAAGCUCUCUAGAAUUAACCAGCAGUUGCCUUUUUCUAUAUUAAACUCACCUCAUUUGAUGGAGACCUUAGCAGUUUGGUUUUUUGAUGUGCCACAAUGCAUUUCAAAGCAUAUAGGAUCAGAAGGUGUCAGCACGUAGUCUGACCCACGUGUCACAAGGCACUCCCCUUCACUCGUGUGCAUCCAGUGCCCGGUUGUGCUGGUACACAGCCUGUAUCAGCCAGGGAUGCUCGUCUGGAAGGCACUUAUCUUUAUCUGAGGGUCUUGGGGGAGGGCUGAGCGCCAAGAUGCCUCCUGAAGCUAACAGGGCGAGUCAGAGAGCCCAGAUAAAGACUCAUCAGGCAGAUGCAAGGCUUAAAUCUGGUGUCAGGAUGCUCUUCCACAAAUCGUUCUAACAUAUCAUUACCGUGUUGCCUCGCCACCUUUUAAAGUUGUAAAAGCAUCAGGUAAAUGGUGACUGUGACUUUAUAGAGCAGUCCUCAGUGGCUGGCAAAUUACUUAAAACACUGCAUACGGCUCUCUGCAAUACUUUGUCCUCCGUAGACAUGACCUGAAGUUGAGGUAGCAUCUUCCAGGGCUUCAGUUCAAACUGUUUUCCUAGCUUAGCUACUCAUGCUUUCCUGUCUUCUUACUCAUCUUUUGAGGUGAGUGCUUACUAAGACUGCGUGAUGCCUUUUAACUGAUUCUCAGCAUCUGACAGUGGAAACCUGUCAAACUGUGAGGGCUGUUUCUCAUUUGUGAACUCAGAUGCUGUGUCACUGGAGAGCUCUGCGAACUGAUGGGGGAACGAAUGGCUCCCACUGUUGCUCCUUGCCUUUCCCUGGUUCAGAUCUAGCCCAGGUAUCAGCAGAAGCUUGUUUCCAUACAUUGGCAACAGGGCAUUUAACAUCAGUUGAUUCAGCCAUCAGGAUGUGCAUGCAGAUGAGUAUCUGCAUCGUGGCAGGCAGCUUCAUAGCUCGUGUGCCUGAAGGCAGCUAAUGGAAGGACUAUGGGAGGAGGAUAAAUUAUAGCCAGUCCUUGCUCAUCCAAGUAAUGGAGCCUAAUUAGACUUUCCCUGGCAGUGCAGGGAAUUCUCAUAACUUUGAAUCCACGACUGUAGAGCCUGCUCUUGCAGCAUAAGCUGCAUCUUAUCCAUACCUGCUGUUGUGAUGAACAGUGGUCACCUGGCCUCGUGUUCUUUGUCUUUUUUGCAAAGUUUGUGUAAACUGAGUACUUUCUUGGACUCUGCAGUGCUAUGGCAAUCUCAGUGGCUUCCUCUUGUUAAUGUCUAGAUAAAACUUGUUGCCUGUCAGCAGCUCCGUAGGCAGCGUACCAGCUGAAUGCCCAGAUUUCUCAGACAGCAUACAGAGCUUGGACACGUGGUGUAGGAUAUUUCCUGAGUGUCUUGAUGCUGUCAUUUAGGAAUCCGCAUUCUCUGGUGGAGUAUCUGGACCCACGAAGGCAAAGUAAUUCUUUAGGGAGGAGAGCUCUUGGGAGCCCGCAUCAGGCUGAGAUGCAGUUUGAGGAAUGGGAUGGGGAAUUUGCUUUCUGCUGCCCAGGCUCCCAUUUCUUUGGCUAACUGGGCGUUGGUUUCUUGAGGUUUUUCAGUCUCGUUUUCUAUUAACACCAAAUUCUCCACUCAUUUAUUAUACUUUUGUCCAGCCUGCUCUUGGUUUCCAAAGAAAAGCAGCCAGCAACUAAGCAUGUAAGCAGUCUGUUUUUGCCUGCUCAGCAGUGGAAAUGCUGGGUUUUGAAAACCACCUACUAAUUUUAGGAGCCAAGAGGCUCCUAAAUCUUGAACCUCGUGGUACUUCUUUCUUAAAGACAGAGAAGUUAGUAAAAGAACUUCGGCAGAGUUUCUUAAAGGUUUAACAAGGAAAAGCUUGAAGACUUCUUUUGUGUCUUAAAUUUUCUGAAAUGUUUUAAAACUAAAAAUGUGAGGGGAAAAAAGAAAAGUGUGGAGGUAUAGUAAGUGCCUUUUCUUUCUGGUCCUAGGCUUCUAAACAACAUACUUGGUUUGCGUAGUAGUGCAGCUGAGCUUGUUGGUGAUAAUAUCUGGGUUGUAAUUGUACCUGAGUGCUGAUUCAAAAGAAAAACAUAGUGGCAUGUAAACAGCUUGAAUCAAAGCUUUGCUGUGUGAAAGUAUACACUUAGUCUCCACAUACAUUUUAUCUUUCUUAGAGUUUGAGGGUCAGACUGAAAUUACCUGACUAAAACAUCUACACUUCUCAGUUUCAUAUCAGAUCCUUUUCUAGUACGUUCUUUUUCAGACCACCUGUGCAUCACUCAGUGUUGCUGAUGGCGUGGCCCAUCGCUGUGCUUGCUGCACAAAUCAGUCAUUGCUGAAGAUGUAGGUGCCUGGUGGACCUCCCUGUGAUGUUUGUGACUGCAGCGUUUGGGUGCUUCAUAAAUGCAGUGUGCUGGUCAGGGCUGUAAUUGAAGUUCAAGAUGGCAAGAACCAGCCACAGCAACUACGUCCUUCAGCAGCUAAAUAACCAAAGAGAGUGGGGCUUUCUGUGUGACUGCUGUAUUGCUAUCGAUGAUAUUUAUUUUCAGGCACAUAAAGCAGUCCUUGCUGCCUGCAGCUCCUAUUUUAGAAUGUUUUUUAUGAACCAUCAACACACUACGGCCCAGCUGAAUCUAAGCAACAUGAAGAUUAGCGCCGAAUGCUUUGAUCUUAUUUUGCAGUUCAUGUAUUUAGGAAAAAUUAUGACCGCCCCUGCCAAUUUUGAGCAAUUUAAAGUGGCCAUGAACUAUUUACAGCUCUAUAAUGUACCUGAGUGUCUGGAAGAUAUACAGGAUACAGACUCAUCUAGUUUAAAGUGCUCAUCUUCUGCUUCUAGCACCCAGAACAAUAAAAUGAUAUUUGGCGUGCGAAUGUACGAAGACACGCUUGCUAGAAAUGGCAGCGAAACAAACAGGUGGGGCAUGGAGCCGCCAAGUUCAACAGUAAAUACAUCCCAUAACAAAGAGCCCGAUGAAGAAGCUUUGCAGCUCGGCAGUUUCCCCGAACAACUGUUUGAUGUCUGCAAAAAAACCACCACGUCCAAAUACUCUCACACAAAAGAGCGUGUGUCCCACUCACGCCGCUUCGGAAGGAGCUUCACCUGUGACAGCUGCGGGUUUAGUUUUAGCUGUGAAAAGUUACUGGAUGAGCACGUGUUAUCGUGCACCAACAGGCAUUCAUACCAAAGUGCCAGAUAUUACGGUGCUGAAAAAAUAGACUUUAAUGAAAAGGACUCUGCUUCUAAAAUAAUCUCUACGCAAACAGAAAAAUACAAAGGGGAUUCGAGCCAAGCUGCCGACGAUUCUUCAUCUCCCGUGUCCAACAUUACAAGCAGGAAAAGCAGCACGGUGGCGUCCGAGACGUCAGGCGAAGAAGGAAGUCGAGCUUCUGAGAGGAAGAGGAUUGUCAUCAAGAUGGAGCCAGAGGACAGUCCUGCAGACGAGCUGAAAGAUUAUAAUAUUAUCAAGGUGACAGAUAAAGACUGCAACGAGUCUUCUGAUAACGAUGACCUAGAUGAUGAGCAGGAAGAGCCACUUUACAGGUACUAUGUUGAGGAAGAGAUGAGAGAGAAGAGAAACGCUCGGAAGACUUUAAAACCCCGUUUAUCCAUGGAUGAAGAUGAAAGAAGGUGUUUAAAGAGUCCGCGCCACCUUAACAGGAAAGCUCCCUCCGUCCAGGAAGAUGUGGAGAACGCUCCCUGUGAACUUUGUGGGCUAACAAUCACUGAGGAGGAUUUGUCCUCUCAUUAUUUAUCCAAGCACAUAGAAAAUAUAUGUGCCUGUGGCAAGUGUGGUCAAAUACUGGUCAAGGGCAAACAGUUACAGGAUCAUGCACAGACCUGUGGAGAACCCCAGGACCUGACCAUGAACGGUAUCAGAAAUGCCGAGGAAAAAAUGGACUUGGAAGAAAACCCUGAGGAGCAGUCGGAAAUAAGGGACAUGAUGUUUGCAGACAUGCUGGAGGACUUCAGGGACAGUCAUUUCCAAAUGAGCAGCCUUCAAAAAAAACAGUUAUAUAAGCAUUCUGCCUGUCCUUUCCGAUGUCCUAAUUGUGGGCAGCGUUUUGAAACUGAAAACCUAGUGGUUGAACAUAUGUCCAACUGCCUGGAGCAAGAUCUGUUCAAGAAUUCCAUGAUGGAAGAGAAUGAAAGAGACCACAGACGUAAGCAUUUCUGCAAUCUUUGUGGGAAAGGAUUUUAUCAGCGUUGUCACUUGAGGGAACACUAUACUGUUCAUACCAAGGAAAAACAGUUUGUUUGUCAGACAUGUGGGAAGCAGUUCUUAAGAGAGCGCCAGUUGCGGCUCCACAAUGAUAUGCACAAAGGAAUGGCCAGGUAUGUCUGUUCCAUUUGUGAUCAAGGAAACUUCAGAAAACAUGACCAUGUACGGCAUAUGAUAUCUCACUUAUCAGCUGGAGAGACUAUAUGCCAGGUCUGCUUUCAGAUAUUCCCAAAUAAUGAGCAACUGGAGCAGCACAUGGAUGUUCAUCUGUAUACAUGUGGAGUAUGUGGAGCAAAAUUUAAUUUGAGAAAAGAUAUGAGAUCUCACUAUAAUGCCAAGCAUUUGAAAAGAACAUAAAGCGUAAUCAUACUGUUAAAGCAUUAAGUUGGCAGCAGAGAGAACACCAAAGCAAGGCAUACAGUAUAGUAGACAAAAAUUAAAAAAAUUGAAAACAAGUCUUUUUUUAUUAUUUUUUUAAGACCCUCUUAAUCGUAGGUGUCUAGGCUCAUUAAGUAUAUAGCUUUGAAAAGCUUCAUGUGUUUAAUUAUUACAUUUUCACUGUUUCCUGAUAUCAGUUUCUGUUCUUAAUUUUAUUGUUUUACUAAGUAGAUAUACAAAUCAUUAUUUUUAAACUGUAGAUUAAAAGCACAAUGUUACCCCUUCACUGACUGCUAUUAAACAGUUCUCGGAUCCAUGUCCGUAAGAUGAGUGCUUUAAUAUUUCCAUGUGUUGUUUCUUCAUGUCAAAAUUUUAGGUCACAGCGAUGAAUAUGCAAAAGCAUAAUUGUUCAUAAUCCCCAAAUUAAUUUUCAAAAUGAAAAAAACAAUGCCAAGAAAUAAUCCUUUGCUCUCUGACUCCGCUGUAAGGGCAGAGCUGGCUGUCCCGAUCCUCUGCUUCUUGGCUUUGUUAAAAUUCACAUCCCAGUGGUCAGAGCAUAUAGGCUCAGUUAAGCCUUGCAGAAUUGGACUGGUGUGCGCAGAGGGAAAGGGAGUUAAUGAUAAUGUCAUGAUAACUGAGGAGUUUCCAGCAGAGUGGUCAUUCUCCAGACUUGAAAUUCUAGCAGAACUGUAAUGGGCGCUUCUGCCGUAUGACUGACAUUGGCCUUUUGCUGGCUAUCCUUAUCCACCUGGGUCUAUAUAACCUGCUUAUCAUAAUAUACAAGGAAAGACUUGCUGUGGUGGAUUGGUAGGAAUGCAGAAUUACAAUGUGCAUUGAAGACUUCAUUUCUCAGCUUAGCUGUAAAUGGGUGCCUUGUUGCUUUUGUUGGGAAGUUAAAAGUGGGAUGGGUGUGAAGAUAGUCCCAUUGCUCGGGUGGGAAGGGAAGGGGGAGUGUGGCUCAUGUCAACCUUAGAUUUUUUGUUUCUUGUUUUCAUGAUACUUUCUGAAUGUUCUGUUUUUCAACAAGAAUAUAACAAGAAAAGACUGCAGAGUUUGUUUAAUAAAUGUAAAGACAUUUAAUGCCUUUUAAGAUUUCUUUCUGAUUCUAGCAUAGCGCUAAUCUAUGUAGCUUGUCUCUUAAUUUAACUGAAUUUAAAAAUCCUGCUGAGUACCAGCUGACAUCAAUUCAGUGGGGCAGUUUGGCCUUGGAGAGAACAACUGGCUUUGACUUGUAGUCACCAGCUGUCUAAAUGUUUGUUAAGUGUAUGGUUUUUAAUGGGGGGCAAUAGGAUCCUAAUAUGAAAUGGUAGGGAAAACUAUUACAAAAUAAAGUCUAGUCCUACUUUCUCCCAGCAGAUCUCACUUUACCAACCAGCGUAGUAAUGCAGCCUCCCACUGAGCCAUGGAGAGGGAAGUUAUUUCAACCAGCUUGCGUGUCAGUGGUGGGGCUGAGAGCAGGAGCCAGGAGCUGAUCCCUUGUUUCUCAGGAACUAAAGGGGUGUUGAGCUUCAAAAGACUGUUUAGAUAAAUUAAAACAGUUCAGAAUCUCUACUAUAUCUAAAUCUAUCUAUCUGUAUCAAACCGACUAUCAGUAGUCUUGUUUUUAUUCAGUUUUAAAUGUGAAUUAGAAUUUCUCUUGUUGGUUCAACAUGCGUUUCCCCCAAGACAAGGGAGCAGGGAAGGGCCCAGCCGUGGGGCUGCAGGCCUGAGCUCGCUGCUGGCUCUCCCAGAUGCUGCUUCAGUUGCAGUGUGGGCCUGCAGCAUUUUGCUGGAACUCGUCAGUCUUAGGUUUUCUUGAAGGUGCUGAAGCCAGCUGAGUCCCGAAUAGCACUGGGACUAAAAGCACUGCUGAUGUUAAUGCACUCCAGCUCUUGAGUUAAUUCCAAGCUUCUCUCUUACUAGGAUUUUGUUACACGCUUUCCAUCCCAAGCUGGGCUGAAGCUCAGUGUGUGAGAGUUCAAAGAAUAACCAGGAUGGCUAUUGUAGCACUCUCAGUGCUGGAUUCACUGGUAGAAAGGUGAUUAGAGGGAUCUUAAAGUAUUUGACCACCUGUAGCAAUCAUCUUAAAAGAUGAAGUAGUUAAGCACUUGCUAUGGUAGAAAGAUUGGGGGGUGAUACACUGCACACAAUUUCUCUGAUGUUCAAGUUCUCUCUUAAGAUAUCAGCUAUGACUGAACUGGGAAAAGCAGCGAAGAGAACUGAGGGAGAGCCAAAGAGUGCUGGGGAAUUGACAGAAGAGCCUCGUGGUACAGGGUGAUCUGGAGGAGUGGGAAGGCUUGGUGGGAGAUGGGGGAUGGCAAAAGCUGGAAGGGUCAGGCAGUGAGAGAAUCGGAGCCAUGCAAAGGGAAGCAGAGGGGAAAACAUCCCAAAGGUAGCACACAGGGGGAGCCUGGAGGAGUAGAUAAAGUCCUGUAGAUGCCUGUGAGACCAGAGUGAGCUGGUGUUGUCUGGGAGAGCUCUCAACCCAGGUGAUUAGCUCACUGUGGCACAAACUAAUAGUGCAGAUGGUGUGCUUGCGCUAGAAGGACAGCAUGGCACAGCAAAGAAUAAUUAAAGAUCUUGUUGAAAAGGAGGAGGUGACUUGUGCAAACUAAAAGAUCAUUCUGGAAUACAGAGAAAGGCUAACAGUAACUUAUGGACACUUCUGGUCAGGGUCAAGAGCCAUUCUUUAAGGUGCAUUGGUCUGAACUUGACCCAAAAGUGAUUAACCAAAAGAACAACCAAAAUAACUUCCUAGCGUGAGUAGACCUGUCGACUGCAGAAGUUAAAUUUAGGAAUUGUGAAUGAUGGUAUUUAUGUGAACUAUCUAACAUUACAAACACUCUGUAAUCUCUUUGUUUUUCAAUUAUAAGCUGUAUUGUAGUAUCCUUUCAAAGGAAAGCUUGUUGUUCGUACUGAACUUGAAUGAAUUCUUUUUCCCAUUCUUACAGACCAAAAACAGUGCCUUGGUGUUCACAGGUAUGCAUGUCCAGACUAAGGCUCAAAAAGGGCACGAACUGCACUGCAGGAAAGCUUAGAGUGGAUCUACUUGUAUUUAGGCAGAGAAUAACAGAAUGACUUAAAUAGCCCAACAGGUGACUGGGGAGUACAUGAGAACGAAUCAGAGUUACUAAGGCAUAAAUGAGAUGCCUUGCUUGCAAAUAGAUGCAGUAGAGAAUGUUUAUAGUGAUGUGAAAGUAUGCAGAGAAGAAGGGGUGGGUAUCAUGCUCCUGAGGACAGAAUGGGACAGUGUCCAGGGGGGUGUGAAAUGGUGUUUCAACCUUCCUACUAAGAAAAAUUAUUCUCUGUGGAAACAGAACGAAAGCACAUCUGACAAAAAAAAAAAUGCAGUUAUGAUAUCCUAGAAGUCUUACUGUUACUUGAAAGAUAAAGAAGGGGAAGCAAAGAUACUUAAGUCAGAAUUCUGUUUCCUCUAACAAAUUUGUACUUCUCAGUCACGUUAACAUAGUUCCUUUCCGUUCCCUUCCUGCACUAUGUGGAGAUUUAGCGUAUAAGACCCUUAAAAAACUUAAGGAUCCUUAAGGCUGGACAUGCAUGUGCGUUGCGUUGGACAAAGCGUAGCCAGAAAGAAACAAGGACACUUUUUAAAAAGUGUUUUGCUGUUCUUAUUUUGAGAGGAUCUCGAUCUUUUCUGCUUUUUUUCUCAUUUUGGCAGUGGUGUGAGCAGCAACCCUGAGAAUUGUUAGUAGCUAGCCUAGAUAUUAGCUUUCAGAAUUUACUGAAACUUAAAAAGAGAGAAUUCAUAAAGACCUGGAAUGAGCUUUAAAAUAUAACAAAAGCUGUCAAGCUUCUUUUCCAGUAUCAGAGGAGAUAUCCAAAUGUUUAAAUAUGUGUUUAUAUAUGUAUACUUGUAAAUACUUAUUGGCAACUUGCUAAUUCAAAGAAUGUUUACAUUUGUGUAUAAAAGUAUUUGUAGCUAACAGGUCCAUGGAUAAAUCUUUUAUUGUAAUAUCACAAUUCUAAGAACUUGUACUUCUACUAGGGGACUACACUAUUUAAUAUGUUCAGUUAAUGGAGAAAAUAGAAUUCAGCAUAUUUUUUAAUUACAAGCUGAAGACUGAAAGUCUACUGUCCUGGAGAAUAUAUUAAAAAUAUAUGGUUAUAAAA